AUGACCCCGCCCCCGCCCCGCCGUUCACUCGCUCCACGCCCUGACAACCACCUCUGCGACCCCCUGCAGCCCUCUCCUUGGGACUCCUCUCUCUCCUCCUCCUGCCACGAGCCCGAGUCGCUCCACUUCUCCUUCAACUCUCGACCCGAAGACAUGACAGUUGAAACCUCCUUCGUCGACGUCGUCGACGCCCUGGACGGCAUGAUGGCCCCCGUCCCCGCCCGACUCCCCACCUCGAAGACCAAGUGGAACGGCGUCAAGGCCUACUCCUCCACCGGCUUCCAGAUCGUCACCUGGCUGCUCAAUGCCGGCUUCGCCUCAUCCCGCUCCGCCGCAGCUGAGCUCGCCCGCCAGCUCGUCCGUGCCGGAGGCCUUAUCCCCACCUUCCGUGUCGAAAGCGCCAAUCAGGCCUUCAACGGAAGCCAGCUCUCUAAUUACGUCCAUCGUGGCCUCUCCUGUCACAUCGACCGCGGCCUCAAUUCAACCCUCAUCUAUCCGGGCAAGCCGAGGCACACCAUUGACGUCCUAACCGAUCUCAACAAAUCCUUUGCUCGCGUCUUCCACGUCGCUGUUUCCACGGAUGGCCACUUUGUAGACUAUGCCGCCAUCCGCGGCUCCGCCGGCUGGAGAGAAACUCUCGUUCUCCUCGCCGAGCUUGCCAUCAGCGACGACACUGAAGUCGCCUCCAGCGAUCCCGAUGUCCGCAAGGCCGCUUUUUACAAUCUUUACAACGUCCUCAUCUUCCACGCCAAGCUCGUCUUUGGUCAUCCCAUGGAUCUCGUCAAGCGCGGCAAGUUUUUCAACGAUGCUUCCUAUGUCAUUGCCGGCAAGAAAAUCACUUCCGUGGAACUUGAGCAUCAAGUCUUGCGCCUUCGUAUCAACCCAAACGACCCGCGUGCCGGCUGGCUCCUCGCUGAGAAGGACCCUCGCAUGCAUUUCAUUCUCAAUUGCGGCGCUUGGUCAUGCCCGCCGCUCAUCGCUUUGGAUGCCAACAGGACCGAGGAGAUGCUGCAGGAGGCCACGGAACGAUUCCUGGAAAAGUACUGUGUCAUCGACUUGCAGAAUAGAAAGGUCACCCUGAGCCGCUUGUUCAAGUGGUUCCGAAACGACUUCACCCCGGGCUCGGAUUCCGACGCAGAUCUCAUCAAGUGGAUUUCCCAGCGCGCUAGCAAAACCAAGAUGAACGAGCUCACUGAGCUGCUCGUCAGCGAUUACAAGGUCAAGUUUGCCGUGUACAACUGGGCGGACAACGGCGACGGAAGUGCCAAACCGGAUAUUCGUUUCAUGACUAUUUACGACUUGAGUUUUGCAAAGACCGCGUGA